ACAAUAAUGUUGAUAGCGACUGAUGUGUUGGUUCUUGCCUUCUUUAAUAACAAAAAUUUCUUAUUCUCUGACAGUUAAUAAUUAUACUAAUUGUAUGGUUUUACUUUAAUGUUUGCUAAAAAACAGACCUUAUUUGAUUGAAAUUAAGUUCUAUAUAAGAAUUCAUUAAAAAUGAUGAAGGUUAGAUUAUUACUAAAAUCUACUUAAAUUACUUAAUCUACUUAUACUUUUUUUCGAAUUAUUGGAAAUUAUUUAUUUGUUUUAUAGGUUUUCAAGGCAGUGAAAUGUUCUUCAGAUGAAUGGGCCCUUACAAAUUGUGUAGUUGCAAAUGAAGAGGACUUCCGCAGUGAUACAAAGUAUAUAAAACUUUUUUUAUGAAAAAAAAAAACUAAAAUUAUGUUUUAAAUUCAAUUAAAUAAAAAUUAUUCUAGGUACAUUGAAAUCCAACACCAAAUCAAGCCAAAUCAAAAGUUUUGGUUUACAUUGUUAUUUAUUAAAAAUAAUUGUCCCCCACGAGGAUGCAUAGCAUUUUCUAUGAGUCAACGUGAAUGGGGUCAAUUAUCGAUCAAUCAGCCAAUCAAUGUCACCUCUUAUCCUGAAAAUACGACAAUUGACUUUUUAUGUACAAUUGAAGCUGAAAUUGACUAUUAUAACAAAAAGUAAAUUCUUGUAUAAAUAAAUAUUUUGAUAUGUUAAAAAAAAUGCAAAUCAUUUUAGACCAGGGAAAAAUGACCAGAUCGAUACAGACAUGAUGGCCAGAGAGUUUUUAAGUCGUUUAACAGAUCAUGUUUUAUCUGUCAGUCAACCAUUAUUGUUCCAUUUAUCAGACAAGCCACUUUUGAUAAUUAAAAUCAAAUGCCUUGAAGGUAAAUAUUCUAUAAUAAUUUGUACAUGUGACUUGGGAAUUGUAAUUUUUAUGAUUAUUUAUGAUAUAAGGGAACUAUUUUAAAGAGUAUAUUUUUGUAAAAAAAUAUUAAUAAAUUAAUUCUAUCAACUUCUUACUUAUUAUAUUCCUUAAGAGCUUUUAGUUAAUUAUUAAAGAAAAUUGUUACUGUAUUUAUUAUACCGUCGCAUAAAAAAUGGUUAUUUUAAAAAAAAUGUCCUCUAUGAUUUUUGGAAGACAUGGGGUGGAUAUCUAAUUUAUUUUAAAUUAUAUGAAUCUAGGAUAAAAAAGCCACUGACAAAAAAUCCAAGAGUAAAAAGCUAUAAGAUAAAAAACCAUUAACAAAAAACACACAAUAGGCUAUACAGGUCUCGUUGAUCAAUUUUGUUUUUGUUAUAAUAAAUAUAAAAAUAAUUAUAGAGGCCUGAAUUUAGUACAAAAUACAUAUCAUUGGUGACACCGAAAAAGGAUCUAAGCAACAUUGCUUCACUAUUAGAUUUAGUAAUGUGUUUUUCAUCCAUUGUUCAUGUGUAAAAACAACUGUGACCAUUAUUUAACUAAUAAUUUGAGUUUUAAGUUUGAGAUAAAUGUAAACAAAACUUAAUUUUUUUUUUUUUAUUGUAAAAUAUAAAUAACAUAAUCACAUAAUAAGCUGUUUACAAUAAAAUAAAAAUAUCUACCUCCCUUAAGCGCAAUUUUGUCUUCUCAAUUAUAAGGUCUAAACAAAAUAAAAGCUAAUCAACAUUCCUUAUUCAUAUUAAGGACGCACAAAUAAAAAGAAAGUAUUCAAUGAAAAAAUUCCUUAUUCCAACCGAAAAAAGUUAUUGCCAAUCCAAAAAAAAAAAAUAUUUUUUUGAUUCUCCUAAAAACUAUGAAUUAUGUCACUUAGACCAGUGGUCUUCAACCUUUUGGGACUCACGACCCACUGUUUUAGGCGUAAAUUAUUCGUGACCCACAUAAGGCAUUCAUAAAAAAAAAAAAAAAAACGUUUGAAAAAAAAAAAAAAAAAAAUCUAAAAAAAAACAAAAAAAAAAUCUAAAAUUACUUAAUACUUUGUAGUAGUACUGUUAUAACUGAAUAAAUAAAAAUAAAAAAAACUUUUUAACUAACAUUUAUUCGUCUUUAAACACAGCGACAACAUCAAAAAUGUUAGUAGAUUAUGGGACUCUUUAACGAUAAUAUUAUAAUAUAUUUAUUUUAUUACUAGCUUGGUUUACUCGUAAAUUAUUAUAUUUAAUGUCAUACUGCGUAGAAUCAUAUCAGUAUAUGAAACAUAUACUGUGAUUUGAAAUUCAUUAAUACUAUUAUAUUUUUGAAUACAAAUUAUAUAAUAUUGUUUAUACUUAAUAUAUUACAAUAAUUUUCAAACUGUGUUUUAAUUUAUUAAUUUUCUAAGUUUAAUAAUUAAACAAUUAUUUGUAUACCUUAUAUAAUUGUAUAAACUUAAUUUUUAUUUUAAAAAGAAAACUUAUAGCGACCCAAUUUUUAAGCUUACGCAACCCAAAAAUGGGUCGCGACUCACCAGUUGAAGACCACUGAUUUAGACCCUUUGCCGUAUUACUAUCGAUAUUUUAGCCUUUUCACGAGAUUCACAAGGUUUGUCUGUGCCUUUUAUCCAAUUACCAAAUUAUAUUAAUGAUUAUUGAUAAUUAAUAACAAUACAAAUAAAUAAUAUUAAGUGAUCACUAUCACUGUUCAGUGUUUACUAUUUAAACUACACACAAGGUUUGGGAGGGCUAAACCAAUUCAAUUCAUGAUGAAAUUAUGAGACACCAUUAUUUUUGGCUAAGACAGUGGGACGUGAAUAUUCCACACAUUUUUGGGAGGGUUAUUUGUUGAUGGAUUCGAAAUAAGUAUAAGCCUAAAUUUCCACCUUAUUUACAUCUAUAUUGUCUUUACAAAAACUUAAGGAGUAGAAAUUCUUUUAGCUGUUUAGUAAAGUGGGACAAAUAAAUGUAUGAUGCAUCAAAAUAUUUUUCUCCUAAAAAUGUUGAGUUAGCCACACCACUGUUAAUUAAUUAAUAAGUUAAUUAAUAAUGAUGGUCUAUUGGUUCAAGCCAGUUAAAAUUUAGCAAUUGUUUCUUAAAUAAUAUUAGAUUCUAAAAGUAUAAAAUGGAAACCUAAAUACAAAAUUAUAUAAAAACAAAAUUAAAAAAGAAACUUUCUAAUAUAACAAACUUUUGUUAGAUUAAAAGCUACUAAAUUAAUUUUAAAAAUAAUAAUUAUUUGAACACUAAAUUUAGGUUAACUCUUUAACGUAAGUCAAUUAUAUUAUUAUAUUUAUUUUCAUCUAAACUUGAUCUAGUUUAUGAAAAAGUGAUGUAUUGUAAUUCUGAUAACUUAAUUUUUUAUAAGUAUUUUAAAUUAUAGCUAUCUUUAUUAAAUACCCACAUUCUAAAAUUCAAUCAUACGGAAAGAAAUAUUAAAUCAAAUUUCUAGUUUUUAUAAACGAAUAAGAAGUGUUAUUGUAUUAUAUGAAGUCUGAGUAAAAUAUGUUGAAUCCUACAAGUUGAUUCUAUUCAUAAAACUUGAAAUAUUAUUAAUAGACAUAAUAUGUUAAAGGAAAACUAAAAAUAGAUACUAUUAAAAACCAAUUUACUGUUCCAUAAAUAAUUAUUCAUUUUAUGUUUAUGUAUUAAUCAUAAGUAUUAGUUAAACAGAGAUUUAUUUUAAAAUUAAGACAGAUAUAUUGAUCAGAUUUGUUAUAUAUAUUUCCAGGUGUAAAUCCUCAAGAUAUUAAUUCUGGAUCAAAACCUCGAUCAAUUCAAUAUGGAAAAUGUUUAAGUAAUACUAAUAUACGUUUUCAUGGUGGCUCCACUUCACUAAUGUUGUUAGGAAAGGCAAAAUGGUAAGUUUUUUUUUAUGAUUUAUAAUAUUUUUCUUAAGCUUAAAAAUGUUUACUUUCUAGUCAAGAACAGCGUGUAUCAAUCAUAAAUCCUGAUUUUAAUUUCAACAAAAUGGGGAUUGGUGGUUUAGAUAAUGAAUUUAAUGCUAUUUUUAGAAGGGCUUUUGCAUCUAGAGUAUUUCCAGCAGAGAUUAUUGAACAACUUGGUAAAUUCAAGUUAAAUUUAAAAAAUUAUUUAUUCAUUGAGCUAAACAUGUUUCUUUGCAAACAGGAUGCAAACACGUCAAAGGUAUUUUAUUAUAUGGUCCACCUGGAACUGGUAAAACAUUGAUGGCUAGACAAAUCGGGCAAAUGUUAAAUGCACGUGAACCAAAAAUUGUCAACGGUCCACAAAUUUUGGAUAAAUAUGUUGGUGAGUCUGAAGCAAAUGUUAGAAGGCUAUUUGCUGAUGCAGAAGAAGAAGAAAAGACUGUAUGUUUAAUUAUUAAUAGUAAUUAAUAUUUAUUUUAAUUAUAUAAAAUAUUUUUAGUCUGGCGCAAAAAGUGGUUUGCACAUAAUAAUUUUUGAUGAAAUUGAUGCUAUUUGUAAAGCAAGAGGUUCUGUUGGAGGAAAUACUGGAGUACAUGACACAGUAGUUAAUCAGUUAUUAGCUAAAAUUGAUGGUGUUGAGCAGCUUAAUAACAUAUUAGUCAUAGGUAUGACGAAUCGAAGAGACAUGAUUGAUGAAGCUUUAUUGAGACCAGGUCGACUGGAAGUAAAUAAUUUUCAAAUUAUUUGUUUACAACAAUUAUAAUUAUAAUUCAAAUUUAGGUACAAAUGGAAAUCAGUUUACCUGAUGAAAAAGGACGACAUCAAAUCUUAAAUAUUCAUACAACUCGAAUGAAAGAGUUUGAAAAAAUUGCUGAUGAUGUUAACAUGGAGGUAAGUACUAUUGUUAAAAUAUCUUAAUUUGAUACAUAUGUUUUGAUGUUUAGGAACUUGCAAUCAAAACUAAAAACUUUAGUGGUGCUGAGCUGGAAGGUCUUGUUCGUGCAGCUCAAUCUACUGCCAUGAAUCGUUUGAUUAAAGCCGACAAUAAAGUGGAGGUUGAUCCAGAAGCCCCAGAGAAACUUAAAGUGUGCAGAGAUGAUUUUUUGCAUGCAUUGGAACAUGAUAUAAAACCAGCGUUUGGUGCUAGUGCUGAGGCUUUGGAACACUUUUUAGCUCGUGGUAUCAUUACCUGGGGACCAUCUGUCAGUGGAAUAUUAGAAGAUGGAUCUUUACUUACUCAGCAAGCACGAGUUACUGAUACAUCUGGACUUGUUUCUGUACUUAUUGAAGGUCCGCCAAAUUCAGGGAAAACUGCUUUAGCUGCAAUGUUAGCUAAAGAUUCAAACUUUCCCUUUGUUAAAGUGUGUUCACCAGAAGAUAUGGUUGGGUUUACUGAAACAGCUAAAUGCUUACAGAUCAGAAAAGUAUGCUUUAACAUAUAAUUAAUAGCGUAUUAGUAAUUAUUAAUAUUAUAUGUUUUUUUAAGAUAAGUAAUAUUCUUAUGGGAAGAAUAAUCAAGUUUAAAGUAACUUUAAUUUGUACAUAAAUUUAACAUUGUAAGGUGGACAAAUAUUUUUAAUUUUCUUCUUAAUUAUUAUAUUAAUUGUAUUUAAUUAAUAAUAAUAAAAAAUAAAAUAUAGCACACAUUAAAAAGAUACCUUUUUUUUUUACGACCUGUAAAAGUAUAUUAUGUGGUAAAAAGUGAAAUACUAGACUUAACAGAACCAAAAACAGGCACUCAAUCAUGAUACUUUAUAGUUUGUUUAUGCUUGAAAUUAAUUGCCUUUAAUAAUACAAUUUUUUUUUUUUAAUUUUUUUUAUUUGCAAUCUAUGUGUUUGUAUACAAUUAUUAAUUACUAUUAUGAAUGAAAUAGGAGAUUUUAAAUUAACUUUUUGAGCCUAUUCCCUUAAAAUAAUAUAUUAUUUUAGUUCUAUGCACUACUGUCUGCUGCUUAUAAAUAUUUAAUAUAAUUUUGUGUUUAUUUUUUUUAGAUCUUUGAUGAUGCAUACAGAUCACAGCUUAGUUGUAUUUUAGUCGACAAUAUUGAACGUUUAUUAGACUAUGGUUCAAUUGGCCCAAGAUAUUCCAAUCUGACAUUACAAGCAUUACUGGUUCUAUUAAAAAAACAACCUCCUAAAGGUAAAAAGCUUUUAGUAUUAUGUACCAGCAGCCGCAAACAAGUACUGGAUGAAAUGGAAAUGUUAUCUGCUUUUACCGCCAUACUUCAUGUUCCUAAUCUCAGUCAACCUGAAGAACUAAUUAAUGUUCUCGAUAAUUUUGAUUUGUUUACUAAACAAGACAUCCACAAAAUAUACAAUCAGAUAUCAGGACAUAAGUAAUUUUUGUUUUUUAUUAUUUUUGACUAAAAAUCAUAAUUUGAUAAUAAUUGUACAAUUUAUUACAAAUGGUUGUAUUUUAUGUUUUCAGAGUAUUUAUUGGUAUAAAAAAAUUAUUGGCUUUAAUUGAUAUGGCUCGCCAAACAGAUCCAAAAGUAAGAGUUAUUAAAUUCCUAACCAAAAUGGAAGAAGAAGGUUGUUUAGAUUUGGGUACAAUGAUUCAUUAGGGGUAUAUAUUGUUAUUAUUUUAAAAAUUAGUUCAACAAAUAAACCGUAAUACUACAACAUAAUACUAGAGCUUAUAAAAUAAUAUGUAAACAAAAACAUUCCCUUAUUAGUGAAUUUAUAGGGGACUUUAUUGUUUUCAAAUGCAAAUCCAGUAUUAUUCCAAUUUUUAUAUUUAACUGAAGUCUUAUUGAAUCUACUUUAUGUUAUACUCUUUACAAGUUUUGUCCAUUUCAUUGUUUUAUGUAUAAUUUUAUGUUAUAUUAUAUUAUUAAUUUUUAAUUCAUAUUAUAUUGGCUAUAUAUUUUUAAUUUUUGUAUAACAAUAAUGUAUUAUGUUAUUAUUUAAUAUUUUUGAUUCCUACUUAUUUAUAAUUACUAGGAUAUUUUGUAGUUUGGUUAUUAAUAUUAUUAAGUAGCUACAAAAUCAAAUUCUUUAAAUUUGAAAAAAUACUAAUGCUCAUCAGUGGCAGUGAAAUAGUCAUGGCAUAAUUAUAGUUUCUAAAAUACUAACAUUUAAUAUCAAAGUCUAUUAUAUAGUUUAGUAUAUUAUACUAUUUAUUGUAUUAUUUAUAUAGUAUAAUAUCUAUAAUAAAUUAUAAAAGUAUAUUAUAUUAUGUUUAGAAAUAAAAAAACUUUUUCUAAUUUCAAUAUUUAAUCAAUUUUCAUGUUUUUAAAGUAAAAUCUCUUAAAAAUAGUUUCUAUACAAAUCUUUCUACUCGUAAAUAUAUUUAUAUUGUUAGUUGUUAAUAAUAUUACCAAUCUUAUAAAUCUAAAUCAACAACUUUUAUGUAUUUUUCACUCAUAUUUUAUUAUAAUUCCAAUAUCUAUUACUUUUGGGUACCUUUUAAUUUUAGCAAAAUAUGUUUUGGUUAAACUAAUUUAAUUCAUAUUGAAUAAAUCCAAGGCAAUAAACUAAAAUAAUAUU